AUAAAUUCGUCCUUUCUAUUCGACCAAGGUCGAAGUUGGAGGAAAAACGAAUGGAAUUGAUUUGUGACUUCAAGGACACUGCGGGUAAUAAAUUGAGGGAACUACCAUCACCAAGUUUAAUUUCACUGUCCAUCGAUUCCUAUCAACAAUAUACCUGAAGACUAAGCACAAACCUGUUUACGACUGGAAACUUCCCAACCUGUUCGGAAAUCCUAUCGCAGCCAUGUUCGUAGUUCUCUCGGCGUUAAUUGUUUCAUGUUUGGAUCAGAUCGUAUGCUCUGGCGUGGGUCCUGUCACAUCACCUGCUACUUUUCGAAUUGGCUCAAAUGAUUCAAACAUACUAUUGCAAGGCUAUAUAAAUAUGACUUUGGCUUACACAAAGGUUCAAAAACCACCUGUUGUAGUUUCAAUUGAUUCAGCAACUCAGGGAGGAUUUCAAGUUUCGGGUUAUUUCGAAAAGGAGAUGGAAAGUUUGGACUUAUCUUGGAAAACAGAUUGGUCAAACAGUACUUGGAACCUUACAUUUCAAUUCGCCAAAUCUGAAAAUAGUUACAACCUCAGUGGAAUUAGCUUAAUUUUUGAACUGGAUGAUUUGCCGGAUUUAAGAUAUGCAUCAAAUAACCGUUCACUAUUUUCCGUUACAAUCGGUUCAUAUUAUUCUUGUCAAGCUGAACAGAACAUAGUUUUGAAUCAUUCCACACCGAAUCCUGUAACUGUUAAACUAACUUUGUCUCAGUUGAGAGUUCAAGCAUUCAGACAUGGGUUAGAGCCUGAAUUUAAUGGUAUCAUGGUUCAGUGCUUACUCGACUAUCAUUUAGAUAGAGUUGUUCCAAUUGUCAUUGGUAUAUCGUUAGCGGUAAUGAUUAUCGUUGCGCUGAUCGCAUUCAUUAUCACAAGUCGACGUAAUUGGAAUAUCAGUGGAAGCAGUGGCAGUGGUGGCUACCAACAAAUCUGAGUGUAUGAAGAGACCUGACUAUAUAUAUAUGGCUAUUAAUAACAAUGGUUUAUGACCCAACUUGGCCUAUGAUUUGCUAUUUGUAUGCCAUAUGGGAACAAUUUAUUCAUAAUUACUACGAUAAUUAUACCUGUAAUUUUUUCCGGUUCUUAAAAAAUUGAUUACUGAAAUUUUUUUGAUUACUCCUUGGAACUCGUUUUAUUUUGUUUAUGUGGAUUUAUCCGUUUUUUUUUCUAAUUGCAUACAUGCUUUAAAUCUCUUAUCAUCAAACAUCAAUACGAUAUUACGCUGUUCUUCUGUACUGAAUCUCAUGGAUACAUAAUCGUUAUUUAUUUUGGUUAAUUUACUCAAAAUAAUCCCUUUAUAUAUAUAUUUCAGACAGAAAAAAAAUUUUUUUCCAGUUUUUCAGUUUUACUGAGUUUUGCAAUUAGCUAAAAUCCUGUUAAAAUUACUUUCUGUAAAGAAUUCUUUCUGUUUUAAUGAAUUUGAGAGAAUACGGAACUAACAAUAGUCUAA